UCCUUCACUCCUCUCCUUCACGCUUCUAAUUUCUUCAAUCACACAAGUUCCAUUCUUCCUUCCCUUCGAAUCUCUCUGUCUCUCUCUCAAUUUUCCGAAAAUCAAUCUUCUUCUCUAAUUAACAGUCAACUCAAAUAUAUAUACACAAAUACAAUUUUAUAUGUAUGAAUUUGGGUCUUUGUCUUUUAUCCAUUGCAAGUUUGGACAUUGCAGUUAAUGUGAAAUAGGGAUUUUCAGAAUCCUGUUUGGGUACUGAGAACAUCCGGAAAAGAUUUGAUCUUCCGGGAAAAAAAAGUUUUUAGUUUGGCAGCUUUCUUGUGAUUGGAGCUAAUUUGAGGUUCUGAGUUUGGGCUUAGUGUCUUCGAAUUUUACUUUUCCUUCGCUUUCUCGGAAAACAAACGGGGGAUUUGGGGAGAAUGUCGGGAGCAGGAUUGCAGCUUGGGCGUGCUCGCGGAGAGGAUCGCUUUUACAUACCUGUGAAAGCGAGGAGAAAUCGAGGCCACCAGAAGCAACAAAAGCAGCUAGAAGAGAACAAAGGUAACGGCAGAGCUAGGAGUGAUAAGAGGGAACGCUCAUCUUUGAAGAGCAAGGUUGCUGAAGAUUCUGUGCCGCCAUCGGUGGUCUCUCGUAGCAACCUUGAUAGGUUCCUCGAAUCCACCACACCUACCGUCCCCGCUCAAUAUUUCUCUAAGACGACAAUGAGGGGAUGGAGAACUUGUGAUGUGGAGUUUCAAGCUUAUUUCACACUGGCAGAUUUGUGGGAGUCCUUUAAGGAAUGGAGUGCAUAUGGGGCAGGAGUGCCAUUGGUACUUGAUGGAAGUGAUUAUGUUAUUCAAUAUUACGUUCCUUACUUAUCUGGUAUCCAAUUAUAUGGUGAAUCUUCCAUUAGAUCAAAUAUCAAUUCAAGGCACACUGGAGAGGAUAGCGAUGGUGACUACUAUAGAGAUUCAAGUAGCAAUGGUAGUAGUGAAAAUGAAUUUGAGAAAGCCUUAAAAUACACAAGGGAGCAGCGAGGCCAUCACUUUUUAACAAGUGAGAUUUCUUCCAAGUUGGAUGGUGUGUCUUUAAGUGAUGAAAAUAGUACCCUACAAGAAGGCUUUUCAAGUGAUGAUGGUGAAUCUGGAAAUUCUCGAGGUUGCCUGCUGUUUGAGUUUCUUGAGCAGGAUACUCCUUACAGCCGUGAACCAUUAGCUAACAAGAUUUUUGAUCUUGCUUGCUGCUUUCCUGGUCUGAAGACAUUAAGAAGUUGUGAUUUACUGUCGCCCAGCUGGAUAUCCGUGGCAUGGUAUCCUAUCUACCGAAUACCCACAGGUCCCACCUUGAAGGAUUUGGAUGCGUGUUUUCUAACUUACCAUUCCCUUUCCACACCCAUGGGAGGCAAUGGAAGUGCCCAGGGUCCAGUAGUGGUCUAUCCUAGUGAGAUGGACGGCAUCCCAAAGAUAAACUUACCUUCUUUUGGAAUGGCUUCUUAUAAAUUCAAAGGAUCAUCGUGGAAAGAGAAUGGAGCAAAUGAACUUCAGCUUGCCAAUUCCCUCUUACAGGCAGCUGAAAACUGGCUGAAGCUGCUUCAAGUCAAUCACCCAGAUUUUCAGUUCUUUGCUUCAAAUGGGUAUCACAGGUGAAUGUAAAAGAAAGAGAUUAAUCAUCAUUAUAGCUCAGCUCUUCAAUAAAACAAAAAAAAAAGGGGCAAAAGAACCAUGCUUCUGCAUUGUUCAGUUUAGGCAAAAUGCCUUUGAAGUUGCGGGCAUAUCAGAACGUUCUGACUGAGGGAGUGUUUCUCGACUGAAUGAAAACAGAAGGUAUUAGAAGAUCUGGAAUGAUCAAUAAGGGUUAAGGAAAGAAGAAAGGAAGAGAAACAAAAUCUAUGCCCCUACGCAGAUCCAAAAGGCCCAAGAUUUGGGAGAAGAUAGCAAAUAAGAAGAGCACGGAAAUGUAUCACAGUUGAGCUACAGAAAAAUUGAAAGACGCAUCUAAAAGGGCCAUUAGGCUUUGGUUUAAUGUGAUACUUGUGUUUUGUUUGUGGAAUUUUAAACCAUCCAUGUUAACAAGGCAAAUUUCCGGCUGUCCUUUCUGUGGCUUGGCAUUCUUGUGUUGAUUUUUACCUCUCAGAGAGGAAAAUAGAACAAAAGAAUUUGUCAUGUCGAAACUUGAAACUAUUGGGAUGUUUCAAAACCCUGUGUAUGUGAUUGCAAUGCAGUUUGUGGUUGCCUGAUAAAAUGAGUGCUUUUUCUUCAUGAA